GGCUCGCGUGCACGUAAAAAGACUUUAUAAAAAAUAUAAUAAAAUAACAAAGCGCGCGCGAAAAGUGACGUUGAAAAAAAAUAUUUGUUUUAUAGUUUUAUUUAAAGUAAUUGGUUUUAUUUGAGUGAUGAAAGGUCAAAGCAAGAGAUUUGUUAACCACAUGGGUAAGGCGUACGACACAGAGAUGGGGAAGAAAGUCAGCGAUAGUAUUGGAUUUUUUGACUUGUGGCGCUACUCGACGGCGUCGGAGCGCGGGCUGACCGUCCUGGGCGUGCUCAUCUCGUGGCUGACGUCGGCGGCGCUGAUCGCCGCGGUGCUGGUGUACGGGGAGUUCACGGCGCUGUUCGUGGCGCGGCACAAGGCAGACGCCAGCACGGGCCACGCGCGCCUGCUGCCCUGGUUCGGCGGGGGGCGAGCCUUGCCAGCGGGCAACAGGACGCUGCACAUGGACGCGCUGGUGGAGGACUCGCUGGCGUUCCUGUGGGCGAGCAUCGCGGUGAUGGCGCUGCAGGUCACCAGCGCGGGGCUCGCCGUCUUCCUCGCCAACACCGCCGCCAACACCAUGAUAUCCCGUCUCCGCUGGCGGCUGCUGCGCGCCGUCAUCCGCCAGGAGAUCGCCUUCUUCGACACCAACACCACCAUGAACUUCGCCGCCACACUCACCGAGGACAUGGACAAGCUGAAGGGCGGCGUGGGCGAGCACGUGGUGAUGACGUCAUACCUGCUCGGCACCGUGGUGCUGGGCGGCGGGCUGGCGCUCGCGUACGGCUGGCAGCUGACGCUGGUGGGGCUCAGCGUGGUGCCGGUGGCCGUCGCUGUGGCCGCCACCGUCGCUAAGUACCAGACGCGGUGCUCAGCGCGCGAGGUGACGGCGUACGGGGCGGCGGGCCGCGUGGUGGAGGAGGCGCUGGCGGGGAUCCGCACCGUGCGCGCCUACGGGGGCGAGGAGUACGAGGUGCAAUGCUACUCGGAGGCGCUGCGGCCGGCGGCGGCGGAGGCGCGGCGGCGCGGGCUGCUGGCGGGCGCGGGCGCCGGGCUCGGCUGGCUGCUCACGUACGCGCUCAACGCGCUCGUGUUCGGCUACGGCGCCGCGCUCAUCGUGCGCGACAUGGACUUGCCGCCCGACCAGCAGCAGUACCACCCCGGGGUCAUGGUCACCAUCCUGUUCUGCACAUUCAUGGCGGCGCAGAACAUAGCGAUGUGCCACCCGCACCUAGAGAUCUUCUCGACGGCGCGCGGCGCGGCGCGGACCGUGUUCCCGCUGCUGCAGCGGCGCUCGCGCAUCGACGCGCUGCAAGAGGGCGGGGCCCGGCCGGCUGGGUUCAAGGGGGACAUACAGUUCAACAACCUGUACUUCAAUUACCCCUCGCGACCCGAUGUCAAGGUACUCCGCGGCCUCACGCUCUCCGUCAAAGCAGGGGAGACAGUGGCGCUGGUGGGCGGGUCCGGCUGCGGCAAGUCCACGCUGCUGCAGCUGCUGCAGCGCAUGUACGAGCCCGAGAGCGGGAACAUCACAGUGGACGGACGGCCGCUCAAGGACCUCGACUUGCAUCACUUCCGAACUAGUAUUGGCGUGGUGGGCCAGGAGCCAGUCCUAUUCAGCGGGACCAUCCGGGACAACAUCACGAUCGGCUUGACGGACGUGAGCGAGGCGGACGUGAUCGCCGCCGCCACCACGGCCCACGCCCACCAGUUCAUCACCAAGCUGGCUGACGGCUACGACACAGAGCUGGGCGAGCGCGGCGCGCAGCUCUCCGGCGGCCAGAAGCAACGCAUCGCCAUCGCCCGCGCCGUGCUGCGCCGCCCCGGGAUACUGCUGCUGGACGAGCCCACCUCGGCGCUCGACCCCGCGGCCGAGCGCAGCGUGCAGGCCGCGCUGGACGCCGCCAGCGCUGGCAGGACCACGCUCGUAGUGUCCCACAGACUCCAAACAAUCGAGAACGCGGACCGCAUCGUGUACAUGGAGCAGGGCGCGGUGCUGGAGCAAGGCACGCACAGCGAGCUGAUCAACAAGCAGGGGCUCUACUACAAGCUGCACGCACACCACACCGCACACAAGAGUCUGUCGGCGGUGCCGGCGGCGGAGGAGGACGACGACGUGGUGCCCGCGCAGGAUCACCGCGACCACUUCCGACGGUCGUACAGCCGCCAGUCCGGCAUCAGAGCGUCCCGCAGCAGCCGCGGCGCGGGCGGCGUGGCGGCCGCGCGGCCCGCCAGCUGCGUGCCCGCAGACUACAGCGCCGUCGCCGAGCCACAGGAGACGGAGGAGGAGCAGGCGGAGGACGCGUCGUCGGUGUCGAUGUGGCAGCUGCUGAAGCUGAACGGGCCGGAGUGGCCGCUGCUGGCGGGCGGCGGGGUGGCCUCCGCCCUCGUCGGAGCCACCAUGCCCAUGUUCGCGCUGCUCUUCGCCAAGGUGUACGGGAUGUUCGCGUCGUCGGACGCGGCGGAGAUCCUGCAGCGCUCGCAGCUGUACGCGGGGCUGUUCGCGGGCGUGGCGGCGCUGUGCGGGCUGGUCACCUUCCUGCAGGCCUGGCUGUUCACGCGGGCCGGCUCGCGGCUCACCGACCGCCUCAGGGAGAUGACCUUCCGGAACUUCCUGCUGCAGGAGCAGGGCUGGUUCGACGAGCCGGCCAACUCGGUGGGGGCGCUGUGUGCGCGCCUGGCCGCCGACUGCGCCGCCGUGCAGGGCGCCACCGGCACCAGACUGGGCACGGUGCUGCAGGGCGCCAGCACCAUGAUCAUCGGCAUCGGGCUGGCGAUGCCCUACUCCUGGAAGAUGACCCUCGUCAGCCUCGUCAGCGUGCCCGCCGUGAUCGGCGGCAUCUACCUGGAGGGCUACGUGACGAAGCGCGCGGAGGUGAAGGAGCGGCAGGCUCUGGAGCACGCCGCCAGGAUCGCCACCGAGGCCGUGCUCAACGUGCGCACCGUGCAGAGCCUGGGCGUGGAGUCCACCCUCCUGUCGCGCUACCAGUCGGCGCUCAGGGCGGGCGGGCUGCCUGCCCUGUCCCGUGCGGUGCGGGGCGCGGUGUACGGGCUGUGCCUGUGCGCGCCCACGCUGGGCUACGCGGUGUCGCUGGCCUACGGCGGGUACCUCAUCGCCAGGGAGGGGCUGCAGUACGAGUACGCCAUACUCGUGUCGGAGGCGCUGAUCUACGGCGCGUGGAUGCUGGCGGAGGCGCUGUCGUUCGCGCCGUCCUUCGCGGCCGCGCGCCGCGCCGGGGCGCGCAUCGUGGCCGCGCUGGCGAGGCAGCCCGCCGUGCUCAGCGAGCCCACGGCCGUGGACGACCCGCACUGGGAAGUGCGCGGCGACGUGAAGUACUCGAACAUCCACUUCCGGUACCCGACGCGGCCCAACGUGCCGGUGCUUCAGGGGCUGCAGCUAGAGCUGGAGGCGGGAACCACGCUGGCGCUGGUGGGGGGCUCCGGCUGCGGCAAGUCCACGCUCAUGCAUCUGCUGAUGAGGAGCUACGACCCCGACCAGGGGCAUGUGGAGCUGGACGGGCGCGACAUCAAGCGCUCGGUGCCGCUGCAGCGCGUCCGCGGCGCGCUGGCGCUGGUGCAGCAGGAGCCCACGGUGUUCGCGCGGAGCAUCCGGGACAACAUCGCGUACGGCGCCUGGGGGGCGGGCAGCCGGCCCGGGGACGUCAGCAUGGAGCGCGUCGUGGCCGCCGCCCAGCAGGCCGACCUGCACCAGUUCGUCACCACUUUGCCCUUGGGCUACGCCACGCAGCUGGGCGGCGCGGGCGCGGCGGCGCUGUCGGGCGGGCAGAAGCAGCGCGUGGCGCUGGCGCGGGCGCUGUGCCGGGCGCCCAGGCUGCUGCUGCUGGACGAGGCCACCUCGGCGCUGGACGCCGGCACCGAGCGGGCGGUGCAGGCGUCCCUGGAGGCAGCAGCGGCGGGCCGCACCACCAUCAUGAUCGCCCACCGACUGUCCACCGUCGCACGCGCAGACUCCAUCGCCGUCGUCGACAAAGGCGUGAUAGCGGAGCGCGGCACCCACGAGCAGCUCGUGCGCAGGCGCGGCCUCUACUGGAACCUGCUGCAGCAACAGGAUGGCCUCCAUUGACCACGUCACUACGACUAACAUCGACUAUAAUACGUAUUGAAGGGACACACUCCGCCCCGCACCGACACGAUUACCUCACCCCCUCAAAUUCACAAAUAAUUCGUUGGGCUCAUUGACUGAACUUUUGCUCUUUGAUUGUACAUUACAUAGUACAAAACCUGUCUUAGUUCUGUUUGAUCUCGACAGCCAUUUAAUUUCGAUUCUGUUCAUGACUUGUGUAAGUUUUUCAUCUGAAAGCUUUCAUUUUUUCCUUCCUUUCUUCACGUCUUUUUCUUUCUCUAUGUUUAUAUUUCCAUCUUUUUUUUAACGUGACUUUUUGUAGAUUUCGGCUUUGAAAUAGACUACUCUGGGCGCCAUCCCACUCGUGUCAGACAGAGUACUGCGGGGCGGAAGGCAAGAGGGAAACCACUGCCCUGUUUCUCCCUAAAAAAAGUAGCAUGGAGAAUGCUACACCGACAAGAGCGUGGCUCUUAAAUUAGUGAUGUAUAUAUUUGCCGCAUGUCACUUCAGAUUGCUAUAUUUUAGUAAAGUACAGUCAUGAGCAAUAUCAUGUACCCACUUUAGAACCCUGUCGCACUAUCAUAUUUGAGAUUUAAUGAGACUUGCGGUUUAUAUUGUCAAAAAAGUUAAUGUGACAUGGUAUCAAAGUGUAUACAUAUUAUUACUCGUGACCGUACAUAAUUAAUACUAUUGAUAUUCCUCCAUCGUGUUCUGAGGUGGAUGACCAGCCGCAGCAACCCUGGAUUGAUAAUUAUGGUCUUUAGAGAAGUACAAAAAAUCAAAAAGAGUAUUAUUAAUAGAUGUCUAGUGACAUUCCUGUAUCUUGAGUCUUUUGACAUCAUUUUGAAUUUCCAAAGAUAUUUCAUUAUUAUUUUUUACCUAAUAAUUCGUCGCUGACGUCGCAAACUGACGUAUCUCAAAUUUUUAGCCGAUCUGAUUUGAUAGAUAGAUAGAUAGAUAGAAUCUUUAUUUGCAACGUCAGCGACGAAUUGUUUCAUGUUAUUACGACUCUCGGGGUAUUUGCACGUAUAUACGGCUUAUAGUGAGACCCACUGAAGCGCCAUUUUGAAAAAUCACAUUUGGAUCUGAAUCCAAGUAAAAAGUCUCAAUUUGUACCCGCAAUUAAAUAGGCUAUUUGGCAACCUAAUGAGAUACUUUUUACGAAACGUCAAAACGAAAGCUUUCUUUGGAGUUUGUAUGGAAAUACUGUCCUGUGACGACAUCAAUAAAAGCGGUCAAACGUCGUACUUAUUGUUACUUAAUUCAUAAAUAAAAUUCGAAAAUAAGUCGAAAAGUAAAAUGAGAUUGAUUUUUAAUCAUCUUAGACAGGCUUCUAUUUCUAGAUUAGCAUUUUAUAAUUUAUCUUUGACUCAGUCAAAUGCCCUAUUAAUUAAAAGACAUCGAGAUUUUGUUGAAGAAUUUCAAAAUGGCGGUCAUUUUGUUCACACUAUAAGCCGACGGUAUAUUAACUCGCGCUCCCAAUCCGUAAAGGAGUAGUCGUGUGAGGUUGUCGUUAAGACGAACCUCUGCGUACCCUUGUAAGGUUCACGGGCGUGAGUUUACAUAAAAUAUGAUAUGACAAAUACCUCAAAUCGAAUAUGUUCCCAGCUUAAUAUAUAAGUUUUUAAUAUAGUCUACUUAAUACUAUUAAGAUCAUAACGUUGACAAAUCAUGCACAAAAAAAGAAAUUAGAAUUGUUAAACUGUAUUUUUAGAAGUAGUAUUAAUUACAAAUAAUAAUAAAAAAUAAGUACUUAAACUUAAAAAAAAAUAGUUAAUAACUUGACAGAAUUGUACCCUGAAUACAAAUAAAAAAUACAUUUAAUUAAUUAAUUUUGAAUUCUUUUAAAAUAUGACAUAUGAUAUUACAAUAAAUUAGUUUUAUAACAAAAUAUGAUACGAUAUUAGUUUUAAGUGCGUUUUUCAAUUUUGACUGUGAUUAUAAAAGUUAUAAGCGCUGUUAAGGCUUUAAUGUAAAUGACUGUAGUUAAGAUAGUUAUAGAGAGACAUGGGUGCAACGUGCGUGGGGUCAUAUCUCAGGACUUCACCACUUAAGGUACCUAUAGGACUUUUUCUUAUUCAACUUACAGGUAUGGCCACGAGCAUUAAUAUGUAAACACUUUGGUACCAUGUCACGUUAACUUUUUGACAAAUUGAACUGUAAAUCUCACUAAAUGUCAAAUAUGUUAGUGCGACAGAGUCCUAAAGUGGGUACAUUAUAUUGCUCAUGACUGUACUUCUGUCGUUUCGAGAAAUCUUUUCGAAAAUCUCUUUGAAAAUGUUGUCCUUUGAGAACAAAGAUUUUCCAACUUGUUACUCUGUCCACCCCGGUAGGAAUUACGGGCGCGGGAUGUCUAUUUCUACAUACAUACACAACAUAUAGCCUCACGCCCGUAUCCCCAAAAGGGUAGGCAGACGUGUAUAGUAUACACACCUAUUGCCAUUAACCGGGCACAAGUCCUGGUUACAUAAAUAAGUCCUAAUAGAGGUAACGAUAUGAUUGGAUUUAUGCAGUUGAUUCCCCCUGCUCACUACUGUAGGAAUAUGCCGUGAUUAUAUAUUGUGAAUUAUAGUCUUCGUGUUCUAGUACCUAUUAGUUAGAAAAUGUUUAGUGCCUUAGUAAAUACUUUUAAGUAGCAAAAUGAGUAAUUUAUUAUAGAUUAACGGCGCUUGCGCAUAUUGUGGUUGCCAGCAAAAUGUUACAUUAUGUUAUAAGUAUAACAUUUCAUAACCACAGUGUAGCGCCUUAAGACUUGUUAGGAAAUAAUUGUUCUUUAGACAUGUAGUUACCUUAAAUGUGAUAUGAAAUAAACAUGU